GGUCAGGGGCUUGCCUUUAAAUAGAACUUGAAACUCCCUCCUUUUGGAGCCCAUACCUUUGCUCUCCCCCCCCCCCCGGUCAAUAUGGAGCCAGUUCUCCAGGACUGGCACCACAGGAAAGCCUACCAGAGAGCCAGAGGCAUCUAUCAUUGAAGCAGGAGCUUGGCAAAUGAAAUCAAGCAAGACAAAUGACACAAAAUGGCCACUAGCACCUAAAAUGGAGGCUUGGCAUUCGAGGCUUUUUGAACUGGUUCGAUAGACUCAGACUGGCAUUAUCAAUGCAAUUCCCUGUUUGGUCCAAGUUUGAACCUUCGAACCAAACCAGUUUGAAUUCAAACCAGUCUGAAUUCGAACCUGUUUGCAGUACUUCUACCCAGUAGCAUAGCAAGGUUGGAGGUGGCCUGGGAGCAAAAUCCAAAGCAGGGCCCCUUGCUCAUCACUUGUCCCUCUGCUCACCCACCACCACCACUUUGGUCACUCCCCACCCCAUUCCCAGCACUCACUGCCCACCCCAGCUGCCAGUGAGAACAAGCCAGUUAAAAAGGGCCACUUGUUCUCACUGGGAUUAGGGCUGUGAUACCCACAGAAACAUGCCCUCAACAUGUUGGUAAAAGUAAACAAAUGGGCAAGUAGGAAGCCAGGGGGCAAUAUUCAGCUAAGGGGAAACUGAAGUGGAAAUGCAAAGAAAAGCCUGUUCGAAAGACUGCAACUCAGAAAAAUGCAGUUAUAGAAUGAAAAGGCAAAACAGAACUGAAAAUAUAUCUAUAAUUCACAGAGAGCAAAGCAGCAAGCAGGAUCUGAAACACUUUUAACCUGCCCCCAUAGUCAUAACUAAACCAAACCAACCGGACAGAAUGAAAAUAGCAUAUGUGGCCAUUUCACUUUCUCUUCUGAAAAUCCCUUCCCAUUUUAAUUGGAGCUUCCAUGUCUGAGGAAGCCAUUCAUAGACAUUUUGGCAAUGACAUGUCUGAGAUGGCCAGAAUGUGCCUGAGACCAGACACUUUAGGCUGUCCAUUUGCCCCUGCUCUCUUGCCUUCCCCUCUGUGGCAGUGGCACAGGCAGGAAUUGAAACUGAGGCUGAGGCAACGAUGCAGACAAAAUAGACCAGAAAGCCUAGGUGAAGUGCUGCUCUCUCAGGACUGGUUGUGGCCAGUUGUGCUUGAGUUGGGCAGAUACCACACAGAACAAAAUGGAUCCUGCUCCUUACGUUUUACUGUUAGUCCUGAAUGAAUGCAAAUUCCUAGUCUGGAGGCACAUGUUUCAGUUCUGUUGUUGAGGCCCUGGCCCCAUAAGCUGCCUGGACAAGAGACCACUUGGGAAUCAUCUGAGCUCCUUGGAGAAGGUGUGGGGUAUAUAAAGGAGAAGCUCAAGAAAAAGAGAGAGAGAUGGCCAAAUUGACAGAGUCAAUGAGGCCAUCACUGACAAUGGAAGGAGGAACUCAACAGGUCGGGCAAACUCUUCCACAGACAUACUAAUGUGCUGGAGGGAGACUCAAUGGAGCAGGACGUGGAGAGCCCUGUUACAAUUCAUCCAUCUAAAUUGCCCAAACAAGCCAGAGAAGAUCUGCCAAAGCACUUAAGCAAAGAAGGUACCAAGAGGAAAAUCCAGAGGUACGUUAGGAAAGAUGGAAAAUGCAAUGUCCACCAUGGAAAUGUGCGAGAGACUUACCGUUACCUGACUGAUAUCUUCACUACCUUGGUUGACCUCAAGUGGAGAUUCAACCUUUUGAUUUUUGUCAUGGUUUACACUGCGACCUGGCUAUUCUUCGGAUUCAUCUGGUGGCUAAUUGCUUACAUUCGAGGAGAUAUGGAACAUAUAGGAGAUAAGAAAUGGACUCCAUGUGUCAGUAACCUCAAUGGGUUUGUCUCAGCCUUUUUAUUCUCCAUAGAGACAGAAACCACCAUUGGGUAUGGUUAUCGGGUCAUCACAGACAAAUGUCCUGAAGGAAUUAUUCUACUUUUAGUUCAGUCUGUUUUAGGAUCUAUUGUUAAUGCUUUCAUGGUUGGCUGCAUGUUUGUGAAAAUAUCCCAGCCCAAGAAGAGGGCAGAAACCCUUGUCUUUUCUACCAAUGCUGUAAUUUCCAUGCGAGAUGGAAAGCUGUGUCUGAUGUUCCGUGUUGGGGACCUUAGGAAUUCACACAUUGUGGAAGCAUCAAUACGAGCCAAGUUGAUCAAGUCUAAACAGACAAAGGAGGGGGAAUUUAUACCACUCAACCAGACAGAUCUUAAUGUAGGUUAUUACACAGGGGAUGAUCGCCUCUUUUUGGUUUCGCCGCUGAUCAUCAGCCAUGAAAUAAACCAACAAAGUCCUUUCUGGGAGAUUUCCAAAGCCCAAUUGCCCAAAGAGGAAUUAGAAAUAGUUGUAAUCCUAGAAGGAAUGGUGGAAGCAACAGGGAUGACGUGCCAAGCCCGAAGUUCUUACGUUGCCAGUGAGAUCCUGUGGGGUUAUCGUUUUACACCUGUUCUCACCCUAGAAGAUGGAUUUUAUGAGGUUGACUACAAUAACUUUCAUGAAACUUAUGAGACAAACACACCAUGUUAUAGUGCCAAAGAACUGGCAGAGAUGGCCAGUCAAGCAGAAUUACCCCUCACUUGGUCUGUGUCCAGCCAACUAGACCAGGGUGCUGAAAUGGCCACUGAAGAGGAGGUCAAGAAUCAAGAAGAACAAACGGAAAGAAAUGGUGAUGUGGCCAAUUUAGAGAAUGAGUCCAAAGUUUAGAACCCCUGGUGGGACAGAGAACACAAACUUCCCUUUAAAAAGAGAAAGAGGGAACAACAUUUAAGUUGUGAAAUGCCUACCUGCCCAUAAGAUAGCAAAGAUUUGGGUUAAAGCUGCAAUAUCCCUUAUUUUACAAUAUAAUCUCUUACCAGUGAUUGGUUUUUUGUCCCACUCACCCCUCAACAGGAGAAAUCAGUAUUCUUGUAUGCAGGUGUAUUUUUUUUUUUUUAUUUUGUUUUUAAGAUAAAGGGCAAAAUUUUAAUAACCUUGGCCAAGAACAAACUGACUGACUAAGUAAUGUUCAUUCAUGUCCUGAGCUUUAAAUCCAGCUUUUUAUAUUUUCCAAGACAAUUUAAUAAACUGAAUGAGAUGCCUGCAGAAAACGGGCAUUGCAGCUUUAAGACCCAAGGUGAGCAGAAUGAUCUGCAAUUCAACAAAAUACUGUACAUAUGCCUUAUAUAAUUUAUCUUUCAGUUUAGUAAUAAACCCAGCAUGUACAAAAGUACUGUAGUAAAAAACCUCUGAAUAAUGUACAUAUAUGUGUAAUUAAUGUAGGCUUAGAAAUAUAAUUAUAGAAAAUAGAAUUCUAGAAAAUUCUAGAACAUUUAUGGGAUGCAAAAAAUAAAACCCACCAUUGAGAAGGUAUUCCAAUUCUAAUACCAGAAGUUUGUUAGCGUUUGUUUGGCACCCUUCUAUAACUGCCCCACUAAUGCAUGCCAUUUUACUCAUUGUACCAGGCUGGCAGCUAUUUAGAGUACCUCACAGUUUUCUAAAGUGAUGAUUUAGCUGACUCUAAAAAGCCAUAGGUCUGGGGGGGAGGGGACUGUGGGCAAAGAAAUUGCAACAUGAUUCCUGAUAUACUGUGAAACUGUUUACAAAAUGAUCUUAUCCUUUAUAAUGUUAUAUGGUAAAACCAUUUAUGUUAUUUGGGCAGUAUCGCUAGAAUUUAACUGUGGCAGAUUCUUGUCAAAGGCAAGAAUCUCUUCGUAUGACAUUUGUCUAUAAGAGAUUUUUGUAUUGGGCUAUUAUCCUUAAAGUGCAAUACCUUGGGAAACUCUUUGGUUUUCAAAACCAUUCAGUUUAAAAAAAAUAAAUCUGUGUCAUUUUAUAUACAUAUAUCUAGAUAUAUAUGUAUAUACACACACCAAUAUAAGCCAUGGAAAUUUUUGAAUGUUAUACAUAGUUCAGCAGAGGACAUCUUCAGCUGAAGUUCUGUCUGAGAGAAAACAAUUGAAUUUCAGCUGAAGUUCUAUCAGUGAGAUUCAUUAUCAUAACAGGUACUUCAUAUGUCUCAAAUAUUCCCUCAAAUAUCUGCACCAUUGGGUAAUAAAGGCAUCUCUUAUGAGGUACCACCAUGCCAUCCUUGCACACAUGUAGUUUAACGUGAUAUCAGUGAGCACAACUUGCAGGCCUCAAUCUGCCAUCUUUACUUAUGAGUAGUGCCUUAAGUGCUUUCCAGUGUCACAUUCUCCAAAUGGUCAACACCUGUCAAUGGGUAGACACAGUGUUUGUAAGCAAUGCUAUCCAUUCUGUCACCAAUGCACACUUUCAGGAGGGAUGUAGGGAGGCUGGCGGAGGUCCUGGGACAGACCGCUGCUGCUGCCACCUGCCUUCACGUAGCCCCUACCCCCACAUGCCCACACCUCUUGCACCAACUUCAGAAGCAUACCAGUGCAGGGAGCACAGAUACAUGGGCCCUCAUCCUUUCCCUGUUGGCCCACCAGGACUUUGUUCGCCAGCUGGAACAGCCCUGCUGGAUCAGGCCUAAGGUCCAUCUAGUCCAGCAUCCUGCUUCACACAGUGGCCCACCAGAUGCCACUGGAAGCCUACAGCUGGAGUUGAGGGCAUGUCCUCCCUCCUGCUGUUACACCCCUGCAACUGGUACUCAAAGGCAUCUUGCCUUUGAGGCUGGAGGUGGCCCUCCAACUAGUAGCUGUUGAUAGACCUCUCCUCCAUGAAGUUAUUCAAGCCCCUCUUAAAGCCAUCCAGGUUGUUGGCUGUCACAUCUUGUGACAGAAAAUUCCACAAGUUGAUUAUGCGUUGUGUGAAAAAAUACUUCCAUUUGUUGGUCCUAGAUUUCCCGGCAAUCAAUUUCAUGGGAUGACCCCUGGUUCUAGUGUUAUGUGAGAGGGAGAAGAAUUUCUCUCUAUCCACUUUCUCCACUCCAUGCAUGAUUUUAUAGAACUCUAUCAUGUCUCCCCGCAGUCGUCUUUUUUCUAAACUAAAUAGCCCCAGGUGUUGUAGCCUUGCCUCAUAAGAAAGGUGCUCUAGGCCCCUGAUCAUCAUGGUUGCUCUCUUCUGCACCUUUCCCAGUUCUACAAUGUCCUUUUUUAGAUGUGGUGACCAGAAUUGUACACAGUACUCCAGGUGUGGCCACACCAUAGCUUUGUAUAAGGGCAUUAGAAUAUUAGCAGUUUUAUUUUCAAUCUCCUUUCUAAUGAUCCCUAGCAUGGAAUUGGCCUUUUUCACAGCUGCCGCACAUUGAGUCGACACUUUCAACAAGCUGUCCACAGAUUAAAAGUGUAAUAAUUUAAAAAAAAAAACUGCUCACCAGUUAAUCAGGGGUAUACUUUCUUCAAUCAGAAAAUUUUACUUGAUUAAUCUAGUCAGUGCAGCCCUAUCGAGAACACAUAUAUAUCUUAUGUGUACAUGUUCAGGAAACUAAUCAAUAUAGUGCAUUACAUCAGAAGCAUCCUACAUAUGUAUCAGCUCUCCCAUGAUGCUAUCUAUCCAUAUUAAUCAAAUUCUAAUAAUUUACACCUUGCCCUCAUCACACUGAGGACAAGAUGUUGCCCAGCACCAAUUCUGUGUUGCUUAAUAAUUUCGCACAUCAACAUAACAGUGCAUCUGCUGAUGACUAGAUCCAUUGAUGGCAUAAUGGUGCAUUGACCUAACUUGUUGCAUUGUCACAAAAUCCGAGGUCAAGGAAAUGCAUUGGAAUGUGACAUUGCAUGGUGUAUAUACCAACUAAGUUGCUGGGACAAUGAGUCUCAGACAGGAUUGAUUGUUGCUGAGGACAGAUAACAGCUCCAAGGGAAGGCAACAUUAUGUUUGUUGUGCCUGUGGAAAUCUCUCUCAGAAGAAAUAAGACAGAUCUACUUAAAUUGAAACCAUGAAUCAGGGCACUGAUUUUGGUAUCAACCAGUGCCAAAGUAAAUUACUACUCAGUAAGAGUAAGGUUGGCAGAAUAUAACUAAGUGUGUAUACAGAAGACAACUGUUUAACUCUAUAGUGCAAAUGCCCAUUUGGACAACAAAAUGAGACAUGUCCUUCAAACACAAAAAUAAACAGCCUUAAUUUUGUGCUUAAUGCCUGCCUAAUCUGGAAAUUUAAAAAAUUGCAUUGAGAAAAUUUUAAAUUAUUUUUUGUACAGAAAUAUAUAAAAUCAUGUUUUAAAAUACCUAACUCAGGAGAAAUCUAGUGGGCAGGUAGAAAUUUUGCACUGUGAUAGAUUCUUCACAUUCAUUUCACAUCAGUGUGCUGAUUUUUGCUGAAUACAGUUUCAAGUUAUUUCAUGUUCUAUGGAGUGACGAUGAAUCUGUUAUUUGCAGCUCCUAGAAGCUGUGCUCACUUCUGGGCUAAGAUGUUGCACCACUGAGCUGGACUGAUAAAACCAUUGACAACUAUAUUAACUGAGUUUUGGGAAAUAGUUCCUGGUUACUUUCAUGAAGAAGUGAUUUCCAUAUGGCUUUCACUACCUUGGAAGUUCCCCAAGAAGUGUUUUGUGUCUUUACGUAGCAGUUUGACAAGUUUCAUCAGAAAGGUAUAGAAUUGCCAGUUUCAUUUGCACUUUUGAAAUAAAGCUAGCUUCAUUGUAGAUAAUGUUAAUAUGUAGUUGGAUGCCCUUUGUAUGCUGUCAUGGUGUCAGAACAUGUUGGUUAUUUAUGUUGACACAGAUCAUACUGACCCCAGUACAGCUCUAGAAGCACUUUGUUGUGUGCAACUAGUAACCCUAGAUAGGGGCGGAUAUCCCCAUCCUACACAUCCAUGUUGGAUUCAGUGGAGACUGGAUGAGCUGCCCAGUUGCAUCUGCUUCAGUUGUGUGUGCAGAUCUCCCUGCUGGAUUCAGGAUUCUGUCUGGAAGUCUGUGCUGGCACUAGACUUUGGGAGACCCUUGGUCAAGAUGCUGCCAGUGAGGUCCCCCUCCUUGAGUGGGUCACCUCGCCAUUGUCACCACUGCCCAUUACCUUGUCCUCUUUCUCCGGGACCAGGCCACACCAUCAGCCAGACAAGGACAACAAGGCAAAUGGAGGCUCUCUCUCUUUGCUCUUCUCACUGCCCACUCUCUCAGAGACGACAGGUACACCAGCAGAGACAGCCAAGAGGAGGAGGAGCAGGGCCAAGGAGCUCCAGAAGUUGGUAGUGGGACUCCUGCUGGAGUGAACACUUUAGCAAAUGUCCAGUGAUAUCAACCCGUUACACUGGCUCUUCUUGAGGGCACAAGGAGUUUGCAUGACCAGAAGAAGCUAUUGACUGCAUUUACAAAAAGGGAAUCGGUACAUCCACAGUUAUGUUCCACACUGAGAGGCGAGGGGGCAGAGACCAGAAAGAGAAAGUUAUGUGUUGUCUGUAUUAAACAUUUCUGAUCAGAGUGACUGAAGGGCAAUCUUUAGUUGGAAAGUAAUUUUUUGCUCCUCACUUCAGCCACAGCUUGGUGGGAUGUGAGGGGGCAUGUCAACCUAAAAUGUUCUGGUAGAACAUUUGCAUAUAUCAGAGGUAGCCUUUUAACAGAGAGCUUCAUAGGAAGGAUAGAGUAGAAAGAGAGAGGAAAUUAUGGAAUGUUCCAACAUGGCUGUGUCAGCUUGCUCUACUAAUGCAAAUGCAUGAGAAAGCAAAAGACAACACACACAUUCACACACCAAAAAGAAGUUGUCUUUGGGCAAUCAGCUUUUUGCUCUUGUAAUUUUUUGGGCCUUUCUAUAAGCAAUCAUGGCAGGUUUGUUAAGAUUUUAGACAAUGUAAAAAUGCUUGUCAUGUGAAAAGUGGAUUUGAAGGCCCUAAUAAGCUUUUUUGUGCCUGUUAACACAAAAGAUGCAUCAUUCUGGCACAUGCAUGUCUAGGCUGUAACUUUGUGAAUAGGGCACAAAGCUUAAAAGUCUCUCUCAAAUUGUCUUUGUUAAUAUCAAUGAAGCAUCCAAUGUAAAGUUUAUGGAAUCUCAUUUUUGUAAUAGAAGCUUAAAACCUGAAACUUCCAAUGCUCUUAGUGGGGGAAGCUUCACCAAAAUUUUGUACUAAGAAUGUCCCAUACUCUUCUAUUUUUCUACAAUGACUGAUUAAGGAGUUUAACAAUGUAUUUUGUGUCAAUGAUUUCCAUUGAAAUGUUGAAAAACAGAUAAGAAUGGAAUGCUGUUAAUUAACAAUGGAUUUUCAAAGCUGAUAACAUUGAGUAGCGUUUUUCAUUAUUUCAUCAAUCAUAUUUAAUGUAUUAAACAACUUGGGAGAGGGGAUUUUCUAACCGCUGUCACUGGUGGAAUCUUACUGACUUAACGGGGUAACCACGUGAAAUCAACUGGGCCACAAAUUGCUUGCACCGAAGCAUGUAACUUAUGAGUGAAACUUUUAAAACCAUAAACAGGUGUUUCUUCAUGCAGCUGGCUAAUUUAUGAAUCAAGGUUUAAUUGCAAUUCCUAUAUAUGUAUGCAUGUGUAUUUCAUUAAUACUUUGGUUGCUCUGCCUAUCAUCUUGUACAGUUCAUAAACAAAAGAGCAAUCAAUGUACAUGAUGUACAACCCAGCAGACACCACUGAUGUACAACUCCCAUUUCAGUGUUGCUCCAUACAAGCUCUUGUUAGAGAAAACCAUCAGUAUUAUAGUCAAGUGCUUAAGGCUUCUAGUCUGUGUAUAGGAUUCCAUCUUUUUACAAUCCUGGGUGGAAUGAAUGACUGCAAUCCAAGGAAAUUUUACUGUCUAUUUUAAUGGAACCAGAAUGUCAUUCAAUGACUGCCAUGUCCAUUUAUACCCAUCAUGAAUCUUAUCUUCUGUGAUUGUUUAAAUAAAGCUCUGAAUGAGAGCAAAAAUAAAUUAUCCACCUUAAUAUUAAAGCCAAUUCCUAAUUUAUCAUAAAAAUUAUGAUAAAUGUGGCUCAACUGUGUUACAAAUAUUUCAGCAUGUUAGAAAUUUAUCUGGUUUACUCUUUCCAUUGGAAUUUAUGAAACUAUUUGCAUAAGUCAUAUCCCACCUGGGCUUAAACAUCUGCAGGUUCAGGAUUCUUCUAAAGUGUAUGGAAGAUCUGGAAGGUUCACUGGUGCCCUCUGCAAACAAAAAUCAGUACUACAAGAACUGUAAAUGCUUGUUUCAAUGCAUACUUGAUGCUUACCAAAGUGAAGUUCUUACUUGAAAAUAAUGUCUUAUUGAUUUCUUUAAAACAUGCAACCAUUGUGACUGAAAUUAAAAAUGACAGAAUUUUCAUUUAAUUAAAGUUGAAAACAGUUUUUACUAGA